ACCACGUGUUCGUACUCAAAACUGUCACUGAUACUCUGAUACCCUACCCUACAAAACCCUCAGAGAGCAACGGCCACUCCCACCACCCACCACAGCGUCCAACACCAUGACGGGAAGCCACUCACGGUCACGCGCCGCCAGUCGGAGCAAGCGCAAAAACCGUUAUCCCGACGAACAACAAUCGGAAUCUCAAUCCCACAGCACUAACAGCCACCGCACAAAGCGGUGCAGAGUAGCCUCCUCCUCGUUUGAACCAGAAACCCCAACCCUAAUACCCGACCCGCCUCGCACUUUACCUGUCCAUAACCGGUUCCAACACUUGCAUUCUUCAUCAGGAUCACGUCGGAAACAAAGAGAUCAAAAAUCGAACGCUACAGAGGUUACUACAAAUCGCAAUUGGGUUUUCUCUUCCCACGAUUUGCCCAACUACAAAGAUACAGUUGUAGUUGUUUCAUAUAAUAUACUAGGUGUUGAAAAUGCAUCAAACCAUCCGUAUUUAUAUUAUAAAGUCCCUCCCAAGUUCUUAGACUGGGACCGGAGGAAAAUCCUCAUACAUGAGGAGAUCAAUCGUUACAAUGCAAGCAUUUUGUGUUUUCAGGAGGUUGAUCGUUUUGAUGAUUUAGAAGAUCUUUUAAAAAAAGAUGGCUUUGUAGGUAUUCACAAGGCUCGAACCGGUGAAGCAUGUGAUGGGUGUGCUAUAUUCUGGAAAGAAAAACUAUUUACCGUUUUGCAUCAAGAAAAUAUAGAGUUCAGACGUGUUGGCCUCCGUGACAAUGUUGCUCAACUUUGUGUUUUAGAGGGUACAACAAUACUUUGGCACGAUAAACAAAUUAAGAUGAUCCAAAACCAAUCAGAGUCCAAAUCAUCUACCCAAACAUCCAUGUCUUCAUCUACCCAAAGUCGAAGAUUACUGGUUGGGAAUAUACAUGUACUCUUCAACCCAAAUCGUGGAGACAUCAAGCUAGGCCAGGUCCGACUGCUUCUUGAAAAAGCUUACGCACUAUCACAAGAAUGGGGUAAAAUCCCAGUUAUAAUUGGUGGGGAUCUAAAUAGCAAACCUCAGAGUGCAAUGUAUCAGUUUCUGGCUUCAUCGAAGUUAGACAUCCAACAACUUGACCGUAGAGAAAUUUCUGGGCAGCUUGAAUGUCCAUCUCAAUGCAGAGGCUACAGGCCUUAUUAUGAGAAUGCAACUAGAUCAAAUGUUUGGAUGUCUAUCCCAAGGCCAUUAUUGUAUACAUGGAGUGAUGAAGAAUUGAGGCUUGCAACGGGAAGUGGAGGAGUUACCCAUGUUCAGCACCAAUUAAAACUUCUUAGCGCAUAUCUUGGGGUUCCUGGAAGCAGUAGAACAAGAGACAUUCAUGGGGAACCCUUGGCAACAUCAUACCACUCUAAGUUUAUGGGAACAGUUGAUUAUAUUUGGCAUACAGAAGAACUUGUUCCUGUGAGAGUUCUUGAGACCUUACCCAUUGAUACUUUAAGAAGAAGUGGAGGACUCCCAAGUGAGAAAUGGGGCAGCGAUCAUCUUGCUCUUGUAUGUGAACUGGCUUUUGCAGAUGAUGUAAAAGGGACGUGAAUACUUCUGCUUCUAAAUCAAUCUAUACGGGGAUUGUACAUACUGGAGAGCUUUGUUCUUUGGUAGGUGGUAUGCAAUUUUUAUAUAUUAGGCAUUGUUUAUUUGGUCUUGCAAAGGUAGUCUUAGCUUGUUUUACUUGAGAGCAUUCUCAUCAAAUAUUGUAAAAUUUUUAGUAUUUAGCAUAUAGAAAACUAACUUUAUAACAUUUAACAUAUUACUUUACAAUAUAAUCUACAUCAAAACCUCUAUUUUUUUUACCA